ACUGUUAGGAGCAGAUCUUAUGGCAUGUGAUUUAAGUGGAUCUGAAUUUGAAAACGUCAUAAUAAGUGGAAUGAAUUUAAAUUAAGCCAAGUUACUUAAUUGUAGAUGGAGAAACUUAGAUAUAAAUGAGGGUAUUAAGCUAAAUGGCCAUGUCGAUAGGGUCAAUUCAGUUUGCUUUUCUCCAAAUGGUAAUUUAUUAGCUUCAGGCAGUGAUGAUAAUUCUAUUUGUUUGCGAGAUGUGAAAACAGGAAAAAUUAAGUGCUUAGUAUAGUUAGAGAAGAAGGUAAAAUCUAUCAACUUCUCACCUAAGACUAAGGGUGUAACGUUAGUCUCUUGCAGUGAUCAAAUUGUACAUAUAUGGAAUCUCAUAACAGGGAAAUAAAUAUCAAAAAUAAUUGUUAAUUUUUAGGUUGUAAAUACUGUCAUCUUCUCUCCUGAUGAUACUACGUUGGCAACUGGUAGUGAAGAUAAGUCUAUCAGUUUAUGGGAUGUUAAGACAAGAUAAUAAAAAGCCAAAUUAGGUGGUCAUUCAAAUAGGAUUACAUCAGUCUGUUUCUCUCCUGAUGGUACUACAUUAGCAUCUGGUAGUUCAGAUAAUUCUAUCCGUUUAUGGGAUGUUAAGACAGAAAAAUAAAAAGCCCAAUUAGAUGGUCAUAAGAGUCAAGUCACGUCAGUCAGUUUCUCUCCUGAUGGUACUCUAUUAGCAUCUGGUAGUUACGACUAUUCUAUUCGAAUAUGGGAUGUUUAGACAGAAUAAUAAAAAGUCCAAUUAUAUGGUCAUACUGGUUAUGUUCAAACAGUAUGUUUCUCUCCUGAUGGUAAGACAUUAGCAUCUGGUAGUUGUGAUACAACUAUUCGUUUAUGGGAUGUUAAGCAAGGAUAAUAAAAAGGAAAAUUAGACGGUCAUUCAAAUUAUGUCACGUCAGUCUGUUUCUCUCUGACGGUGCUUUAUUAUCAUCUGGUAGUAAUGAUAAAUCUAUCUGUUUAUGGGAUCUUAUACCUAGAUAAUAAAAAGGGAAAUUUGAUGGGGAUAAUAACAUAGUUUCUUCAUUCUGUUUUUCUCCUGAUGUCUAUCUGUCUAUGGGAUGUUAAGACAAGUUAAUUGAAAAUCAAAUUAUAUGGUCAUACUUAUAGUGUUAUGUCAAUCUGUUUCUCUCUUGAUGGUACUACAUUAGCAACUGGCAGUGUAGAUAAAUCUAUCCGUUUAUGGGAUGUUAAGACAGGAAAAUCAUAAGCGAAAUUAGUUGGUCAUACUAGCACAGUUUAUUCAGUCUAUUUUUCUCCUAAUGGGACUUCUUUAGCAUCUGGUAGUCAAGACUACACUAUCUGUUUAUGGGAUGUAAAGACAGGGUAAUAAAAAGCCAAAUUAUAUGGUCAUAAAAGUUGUGUUCAAUCCGUCUGUUUCUCACCUGAUGGUACUAUAUUAGCAUUUGGUAGUUAUGAUAACUCUAUCCGCUUAUGGAAUGUUAAGACAGGAUUAUACAAAGCCAAAUUAUAUGGUCAUUCAAGUUGUGUUAAUUCAGUCUAUUUCUCCCCUGAUGGUACUACAAUAGCGUCUGGUAGUGAUGAUAAAUCUGUCCGUUUAUGGGAUAUUAAGACAUUAUAAUAAAAAGCCAAAUUAGAUGGUCACUCAUAUUCAGUCAAAUCAGUUUGUAUCUCUCCUAACGGUACUACAUUAGCAUCUGGUAGUGGAGAUAACUCAAUUCGUCUGUGGGAUGUUAAGACAGGGUAAUAAAAAGGCAAAUUAGAUGGUCAUUCUAGUAUAGUUACAUCAGUCUGUUUCUCUCCUGAUGGUAUUACAUUAGCAUCGGGUAGUGCAGAUAAGUCUAUCAAUUUAUGGGAUGUUUAGACAGAAUAAUAGAAAGUGAAAUUAGAUGGUCAUUCAAAUUCAGUCAAGUCAGUCUGUAUCUCUCCUAAUGGUACUACUUUAGCAUCUGUUAGUCAUGAUAACUCAAUUCGCUUAUGGGAUAUUAAGACAUUAUAAUAAAAAGCCAAAUUAGUUGAUCAAUCAAAUUGUGAUUCGUUGAAAACUAUCUCUACUGACGGUGCUACAUUACGAUCUUGCAGUGAAGAUUACUCUAUUCGUUUAUCGGAUGUUAAAAAGGCAAAGGAGAUUCUGCCUCAAGAUAAUUUAUAAAAGGACCUUCUUUCUCAGUUUUAAAUGCAACUUCAAAGUUAUUCCCUUCUAUAAUAUUCUAACUUUGAUCGUACAAUACUCAGAAUUUGUUAAAAUCCAAUUUUGGAAGUCAAAGGGGCUUUAAUCUUGAAGGGAGAAUUUGUAAAUUAUUAGCGAAUAGAUUUGCUAUAGUUGUUUUAAUCAAAAGGAAGUUUUGAUUUAGGAAGAUAAAAUGCAUAACAAAAAUAAUAUCAUUGA